UUAAACAGAACAUUAGAACUAGAACAGAACAGAACAGAACAGACUGACUACAUUUACUUCGGUUUGCUCUGUUAUCUUGUAAUAUUGUUAGAUUGUUAUAUUUUUGUGACGUGCAUUUUCAUGAUUUGACCGCUUAAUAUUUACAGAUGUAAAUAAUGUAUGAAGAGUAGAAUAUAACAGAUUUUUAAAGCAACAGUAUGUUGCACAAUUAUUAUCUCCAUGUUUGUAAAUUUUAUUUUUGAUUCGAUUGUAGUGUCUGAAAGCUACUUAGUUACUUGACGUUUCUUUCGCCAACCCGAUCCCAGUUGCAAGUGAAUCAUAACAAGUGGAAGAAAAACACGAAAUUUUGUAGUUGGGAUUCAUUUGCCGUUUUUGGGCAAAUAAUGGAGGAUAAGGGGCUUGAUUUCUCAAAGCCCCCUCCUGAACCCGAGAACCCCCCUGUAAACCGCAGUGUGCCACGAUGUUUUCAACUACGGGAGACCGGCUUCAAGAACAAGACAAACACAGUGCCCAAAGAGCUGCAGUGGGCUGCCGAGGACAAGAUGGUCAUGCGUUCGCAUGAGGAGUUUCGUUGUCAACUACCAGAUGUCUCGAGAUCAACAUUUCUCAUGGUUUUCAGUCCUGAUGGGAAAAAGGUGGCAUCUACCCACGGAAAUCACAAUGUGUAUGUAACGGACUUAACUAGUGGUAAAAAUAUUAAAACAUUGACUGGACACCCUCGAACACCCUGGUGCAUAGCAUUUCACCCUUCGUCUAACCACAUCUUAGCUUCAGGGUGCCUGGGUGGCCAAGUUCGGGUCUGGGACCUCAGCGGAGGUAGUGAAAUCUGGAUGGCAGAGAGUCAGACGGUGAUAGCCUCCCUGGCGUUCCACCCGAUUGACAGGAUGCUAGUGAUUGCAUCGUACAACGAACUACACUUCUGGGACUGGAGUCAACCUGAACCGUUUGCAAAGUGUUUCACCUCCAACGAGAAGGAGAAAGUCAGGUAUGUAGCGUUUGACGCACUCGGACACAAACUGAUCACAGGGGUAGCGAACGCACCCACCCGCCCUGCCUCUCAGUGGGACAGAGUGGCGGCACCCCAGCCCCCGCCACAGACCAGUCAGUUGGACUCAGAGCGGCGGAUCACAAUCUGCUAUCGAUACAUGGUAGAGCAGUACGAGCAGCUGGUGCAGCGAUACUGUGACCUUUCGCGUGCUCGUUCUACGCUCACCAUGGAUAGAGGCACUGACCCAAUGGAAUUUGAGGGUGAGUCCUCGGACAGUCAGAGUACAACCCAGAGCGCGCCGCGUUCGUCUCGACUGAGGGGCCAGGAGUCCUCUCGUAGAGUCUCGUUCUGUCCGACCGCAAGGCCACGUCUGUCCUCAGGCACUGACGAGGCCAGUGCCUCACACUCUUCUACCAACUUCCUGAGUCCACCUGAACCCGGUCAGAGUGAAGAUGUCACCCAGCCUUUGCUGCCUUCGUCUAGUGACGCGUCUCUCGAUAGCCCCACUCCCGAAACCAGCAGACCUGACACUCCACGAAGAAAUCCCAGAUUCGAUAUACUCCUUCCCUCAUUUAUUAAUUUUCGGUCGAGAUCAUCUUCGGUCCCGUCGACUUACACGGGUGCAGAACCACCUUCUAGGUUUACACCGCAGGCUUCUCACUCGACUGAGAGCCCACAGCCGAGGCCUCUGACGAGGUUGUCUCUCUCUCCGGAAACGAUCGGUUUCGGGUUGAACCGCUCUGACUCCUCGGUUACCCAGAGUAAUCAGAGUGAAACGCCACAAAACCCCCCGGAAACUCCCACCAGAACAGCAGGUUCUGGUUCCUCGGUUCACCAACUGCUGAGAAACCUGUCGUCCUGGUGUACCAGAAGCAACCCUUCAGAUGGAACUAGUACUGAAGUCAACAGUGGAGUCGAUUCAGAAAAUGAAGAACCCGAGGGUUUCCAAGGCUUCCAACCGGAAUCUCAGAGUGAAGACGAACCACAAUCGGGAUCUUACAUUCGCUACGUACCACUGAGUGGUAGCAAUACUGCCUCUAGAAAUCCAAGGAAUUCAGAAGGUUCAUCAGCUCGCAGAUCGUCGGAAGCAUCUGCGGUGUCUCAGCUGCGUACUCAGUUCCACCGGCUGCAGAGUGUUUACGAGAAUAGGAAUUCCGCUUACUCUUCUCAUGCACACGUUUUCAGCCCAGAAACGCAGGCUGCAGAGCGCAGGCUUCUGAACCGAUUGAACGAGAUAUUGGAGCGCCCACUGCCAGAGUCCAGAGCUCGUCGGCUGUCUGCCUCUCGUAGAUCGGCCUUCCAACCGCGGCCACAGCCUCCCCCAACCACCCCCUCCACCUCCACUGGCUCUGUCACCGAAGCCUCUCCGGACAUUAUCGGAGGCGUGCGUUAUGGCAUUCAGUUACUCAGCCGGCACAUCGACAAUAUGCAACGGCUGUGUCGGGCACGCCUGGAAAUUCUUCAGUUGCAGCAGAUACGGCGCAUGUGGGAGGACCUACAGAGUCAGAUCUACGCUCUGCAUGGAGCAGUGAGGACCGAAGAAGGAGGGUCGGCCCAGCCAGAGCAGCCCCCCGUCACCCUCACGACUGCCACCACCACCACCAAUGCCACCUCCACCGUGACCACCGCUACUGCCACUGCUACCAACACAAAUAACCUACUCACUGAUGACGAUUCCGAUGGUCCCAGCAGUAAUGGAGAUGUAUUUUGGAGACUAAGGAGAACUCCUCAGACAAGUCGGCGAAAUGUGAUGAAAACUUUGCCUCGGACACUCAACAGAAACACUCCUGUGAAGAGAUCUAAACUGUUGUUUAGAGACUACAGCAGACGAAUGACAUUGCAAAUGGAAGCUCACCGCAGGCAGUUUAACAGACAGCAGCAAGCUUCGUCAUCAACACAGGCCACUAGUGAGGACCGAGGGGGAGAUGCAUCGUCCAGCCAAGUGUCCAGUGAGAGUACCGGAACCAGUGACGAGCGAGUGUCAGUUCGCGGCGUGAAGCGGAAGUCUCGAGACUCUGACCCUCUGUUCCGGCCCAGACCCAGUCAGCAGGGCAGCACCAGUAGCUCCGCUGGCACCUCUACCUCUAGUCUUGCUGCUGUGUUGCGGGAAACAAUAGUUCAGCUCGAGAACAUGGUCUGGCGACAUCGUCAGGGCUCUUCUCAGCGCAACACACGACUGUCACGCUUCACUCGGCAGCGUGAAGAACGCAUGAUGCGCAAUCUCUGGGACACUGAGAGUAGUCAUGAAUCAAGUCGAGACGACCAGUCUGAAGGAGACAGUUCCCAACACAGUGCUCCUGGAGAACUGUAUGGUGGAGAGUCAGAGUGGUCUAGAGAUUCAACUAGGAUGCGAGCCAGACAAGUUCUCCUUCUCAUGGUUGACAGCCUUACACAGUUCUUUGAGAAUGACAAUCUCACACGACAAACCUCUAAUGAAGCUCUGAACGACAGGAUACAUAAUCUGUAUAUUCUUCUUCAGUUGGCUCUCAACUUGACUGAUUUACUACUUGCUCAACUUGUCCAUUCCAGCUCUAAAUUUUUGAUGCGUAGAAGGGAGUUGGAAGCACGUCGACCUGGCAUGCUGGAGAGUAACUGGGGCCCUGCCCGUCAGGCCCUCCGCUCAGCGAGAUACGCGCGGCACUCUGCAAUCAGAAACAUGCGGCGAUUAAUGAGGCGAGCAGCACCUCACAACACAACCAGCCCUUCCACCUCACCAACACCCACCCGCAGCAGUCCCAGCCCACCCCCUGGCCCUGUAACACUAUCUACCGCGACCAGUGUUACACCUUCUGUUCAUAGUCGACCCUUCAAUCGCCAUCCGGUCACAAUGUACCAAAGCAUCCGCUCGGCUAUGUUCUCUCAGUCCCGCCCCCCCGUGGUGCCCAUCGUCAGGGUCAACGAUCUGCCCGCCCCGCCCCCUGAGGCCGUGCCCGCCCCUCGGUUCCGCCCCCACUCCCCCCCACUUAUGGGACUUCAGCCGAUGUUUGUCCCCCCACGUUUCCUUCACCCCGGCCGCUACGCCGGCAGUGGCUUUGUGUUUGACGAGUCCACCAGCGAGGACUCCUCACCACAGGAUAGAAGCAGCAAUGAUUUCUUCUUCAUGCGUGGUGGUUACGGGACGAGUUCGGUGAUUCUCACAGACACACCCAUGUCCCCUCACCAUAGGAUACAGGCCUGGGACUUCUCUAACUACAGGCUCCCUGACUUGGGCAAUGCUGAGAAGAAUGUGGUGGUGGGUGAAUGUAAGAUACACAAUGACGCGAGUGUGGACAUGUCCAAGGACGGCAGUCUGCUGGUCACUCUGCUUCCUUCAGGACGCCUCAGCAUGACAACUCUGCUAGGUAUAUACAGUCUACAAUGGGGCACCCUGGGUCAAAUGUUGUACACAACCAGUUUUGAACAGAGCAUUGUUUCGGUGAGUCUCUCGCCCACAACACGACACCUGGUGGUGGGCCUCGCCUCACGCAGAGUGGCGCUCGUCAGUGCUGAACGACACACCAAUGCCCAGGUGUUCAGGCUGGAGGGGGCAUCGCCUGGACGCAAAGCCCCGUUGGGACCUCGGGGUCGCCUGGUACACCUACGAGACCUGGAGUUGAGCCGGCAUCUCGGAUUCAUGAGUCUCAAUUGUAUCCGAUGGGCGCCUAAUCCAGGACAAGGGCUCGUCUACGGAACCAACACGGGCCAUCUCAAGAUCCUCCGAUAAACCAGUAGAUCUCAGUGCGUCACACUUUGUAUUAUAUUGUUAAUUGUAAAUUGUACUCUUCAUAUACAUAUGUAUAUAUUUCAUAAACUUUGACAGUCUAAUGUUCUCUCUAGUUUUGCGUCUAUUGUGUUUGUUAUCGAGAACACGAUUUUUAAUAGGUGCUAUUAAAUAUAUUAUACAAUUUUAGUUUUACGCAUCUGUGUUAAUUUUUAAAUUGUUUUUAUGUACAAACAAGGUUUUGAUUUGAAUCAUUCAAUAAUUAUAAGGUAUCACAGUAAAUAUUUUAAGUGACAAAAUCAUGUAAUUCUAUGAACACCAUGAUAUAUUUUACAGCAUUUUUUAGCAUCUGUGUGCUUUUUGUAAUAUUUUUGGCAUUAAGCAAACAUAUACUAAUUGUAACUCAGUUUUCUUAUAUAUAUAUAAUAUAUAUCUUCUAUGUAAAGUAAGUUUUAUUAAGACUUCAUUAGUAUACCAUCAAUGUUAUACAUCGAGAUGCCAAUAAUUAUAUUAAUAAUAUGAACCCAAUAAAAAUAAAAAAGGUUGAUCUAUGCAGACUCAAAUUAUUUUAUUAAAAAAGGCUCAGAGUCUUUAUUACUUACAUAAAAUUUGCUUUCUAAUGCAAUCAGUGUGGUUAGUUGGUUGGAUUACUAGGGUUGAUUAUACACAAUUAGGUGGUAGAAUCGAUUUUAGGUUUGGAAGUGGUUUUAUGUUAAACUCAUAGGAUAGUCCUUGAAGAUUGCUUCCCAGAAUAUAGAGAAAGUCAAAUACAUUUUUUAAACACCCCACGUGAAAUUACUAGCAUUUGUUAUACUAUAUAAAAGACCCCAUAAUGUGUAAAAGUUGAUUUUCAACGUUUGCCACUACAGUAACUUCAUGAAGUCAUUAAAAAUCAAUGUUUGCCAUUAUUGGGUUAAAAGUUGGAAAUUUAGGCAAUUGUAAUUGUAAUUAGGCCAAAAUAAAAGAGCUGAAUAUAAAAAAUAUGAAAUUUUUACAGUAAGUUCAUGUUUUAUACUUCAUGGAUUCACAUAUAUUUGAUUAACCCUUUUAACCCCAGCCAUUAUAUCAAGUAAUAACCCAAAAUCCCAAGCCAUUUGUGAAAAAUGUGUUUUGUAAAAAGAUUCGUCAUAACACUAUUUUUUAAGAUAUCAAGCUAAUUUCUAUUUUAGAUUUACUUCUUAUUAAAUGUAGUUCACAUAAAUAUCAAUAAACAAAAUAAUAUCUUAACAAUUUUUAAUUUUCUAAUAUUUAUAUAUAUAUAUAUAUAUAUAAAUACAAAUUUUUAAAUUUCAAGUUUUUUUAUAUAUUCACAACGUAGUGAAAUACAGCUGUAUACAACAAUCAAUGAAAGUCAGUUGAGAUGAAUAGCAAUUUCUCAGUCACAGACUAACAAAAUACGAAGUCAAAGCUUUAUGACCAAUUUUAUUUCGAUGCAAUACAUUCUGUUACACAAGUCUGUGGAAUUUCAAAGCAUUUGGUAAAAUAAAUGGCCAGUAAAAUAAUAAAAAAUGCACGUCCGCACUAUAAAAAAUUAAUUUUUCAUCACAAAAAAUAUUAAAUAAGAUGUAAUUUUCUUAAAUUAUAUUUAAAAUUAUAACUUCCUGAAGUCACAAAUGGGUAACGCAAUUGUCACUCCCUUUAGCUCUAAUUUAUGUACAUACUGUAAAAACUUCACAUUUUGAUCUUUUUUAUUUGAGCUAGAUUACAUAAUUGCCUAAAUUUUCUACUUUAAAUGCCUGUAAUUUACAUAGAACGAUAACAAAUAUUUAUUCUAUAUUUUCUGUAUUCAGGGAAGUUACCUUAACGGGUUAUGAAUUUAACAUAAAACAAAUGUUUUUCCAACUCAAAAUCGAUUGCAAUAUCCUAAACCAAAUACAAAGUGAUGUGUACUGAAAAUUAGUACAACACAGUCUCAUUUUUAAAUAUUUUAUUCUAAGCAUAAUUCAAUUAAGAUUAAUGAUCCCGGUGACUGUAUUUGAGAUAACUAUAUUUUUCAUAUAGAUCAUAAUUAUUUAUUUUAGUACUUUAAUUGAUUUGCAUGAAUGUUGUAGGGUGCCUUAUCAAUAAAUAUUUGUUCAUCCUAAAACCUAGUCACUCGCAAUAUAAGGAUCCUCAAUCUUCAAUAUGUUUAGUUUAUUUUAAUGUAAUCAACAAUGUAUGCUAAUCUAAAAGCCUAACUUGUUUGUUUUCUAAAAUAUUUACUGCAAAUCUAAGUGUUGCAUAAAAUAAUUGCACUAGCUCUUAUAAUAUAUUCUUGCUUACAGUAAUCAUUGGAACACAAUAUUACUCCAUAGUUAUAAUUAUUUUUAUAAAUUUAUUAAUUUUGUAGAUUUUGUUGAUUAUUUUGAAAGUUGAUAAUAUUCCAGAUAUUUAGUAAUUUAUACUAUAUUUGUGCAUCCAUGUUGUUCAGUUUUAUUAUCGUACCAAUAAAGUUUAAACAAUU